GUGUGUGUGUGUGUGUGUGUGCGCCGCGGACCAGGUUAAGUAGCCCGGUACAUGUAUAAUACCUCCGCGUACGAUUAUGAAACGGGGAAAUUAUGAAACUGUGACAAAGAAAGACGCGGUUGUUUUUGGCUGAGAGGACGAACCGAGUGUGUUUGUGGUUAAACCUGCCGGACGACGCUGUUCAAACUGCUGUGCGCUCUUUACCGACCAACCGGAGGAUCCGUCUGACGGCUGGCAAGGACGUUCUUGUGGUUGGUGCAAAACUUUGGUCCAGACGCCAUCAUCAGACAGGACAAGAAUGAGGUCCUCGUCUGUUUAGCGACCCCUCCCCAUUGAAGAUGGUUCAGCAAAGGACCUCUGUGAUUAUGCUUCCUCCUGUGGUUAUGGUUGCACCCAGUAAGCAGUCAGGAAUGUCCUCCUUCUCCUGCCUAUGACAUGGUUUAACUCGCAUAUGAUCCGGUCACCAUGAUGGCCUCCAUGGUUGCCAAUGGAAACCGAGAUGAUGGGCAGUCUCUGGUGUUGAAAGGGGUGGAUCCAGAGACCUGCAUGAUAGUGUUCAAGAACCACUGGGCUCAGGUGGUGAAGAUCUUAGAAAAGCAUGACCCCCUGCGCAGCAGCUCCACCCUGCCCUCCCUGGGUGUCAUCAACCUCAGCGCGGGCUCCAGCCCUCGUUUCGGCCCCAUCCCCGGAGACGAGGCGAGCGCCGUGCAGAACUAUGUGGAGCACAUGCUGUUCCUGCUGAUGGAGGAGGAGAGCGGUCAGGCUGGUGCCAUGGGCCCCAUCCUGGAGUUUGUAGUGAUGGAGAACGUGAUGGAGCGUCUCUUUGUGUGGAGCCUCCGCAGGGAGUUCACAGAUGACAUGAAGCUGGAGCAGCUAAAGAUGUACGAGAUGCUGGUGGGCCAGGCGCACCAGCCCCUGCUGCAUCACAAGCCCAUCCUGCGACCGCUCAUGAUGCUGCUGUCGUCCUGUUCAGGCACCGCGACGCCACAGGUCGAAGCUGAGCUGGUGCUGCUGCUCAACCAGCUGUGCUGCGUUCUGGCGAAGGACCCUUCGAUUCUGGAGCUAUUUUUCCACACCAGUGAGGAUCAGGGAGCCACCAACUUCCUCAUCUUCUCCCUGCUCAUCCCUUUCAUUCACAGGGAGGGCACAGUGGGCCAGCAGGCCAGAGACGCACUACUGCUCAUCAUGUCGCUGUCUGCGGAGAACGAGCGCGUGGCCAAACACGUCGCAGAGAAUACCUACUUCUGUCCGGUUCUGGCCACAGGGCUGAGCGGCCUCUACUCGUCUCUGCCCACAAAGCUGGAGAUUCCCAACGAGGAGUGGCAUUGCCUGCACAGAGAGGACUGGCUCCAGAUGCCGUCCCUCGUCCAGUUCCUCAACUCGCUGGAGUUCUGCAACGCUGUUAUUCAGGUGGCCCAUCCUGAUAUCAGAGACCAGCUAGUUAGUUACAUCUACAACGGGUUCCUCGUGCCUGUCCUAGCACCAGCUCUCCACAAGCUGACCGUAGAGGAGGUGAUGACUACCACAGCAUACCUCGACCUCUUCCUGAGGACUGCGUCUGAGCCGGCCCUGCUGCAGACUUUCCUGUCUUUCAUCCUCCUCCACCGUCACGAGAGUGUCCACAUUUUAGAUACUCUGGUCAGCCGCAUCAACACCCCCUUUCAGUUGGGCACCGUGUCACUGGCACUUUUCCGCACUCUCAUCAGCUUAUACUGUGAAGAUGUGAUGCUGCAGCUCGUACUGAGGUACCUGAUCCCCUGUAAUCACAUGAUGUUGAGUCAGAGACGUGUCGUGGGGGAGAGAGACUGCUACUCAGUGUCAGCAGCCAAGAUCCUGGCAUUAACGCCCUCCUGCUGCUCUCCUGAUCACAGCCCCCCGCCCCUCCGACAGCUGGACUCCAUCCUCUUUUGCAAGGGCGGGGAGACUCCCAACAACACCAGCACCACGGAGGAAAAUGAGAGCUUCUUAGAGGAGGAUGAUGGCUCAGGUAACUCCUGCACCAUCGGCUCAGAAAUAUACCUGGAUGUCAGUUAUCUUCAUUACCUCUACGACGCCCGUCAAAGCAUCAGCAGCUGCCUACGAGCCUGCCAGGUUUGGUCAGCCCCAUACGAUGGCGAGGACCCCCCUCCUGAGAAAUACCAGCCCGGCGUCCUCGAGGAACCUCUACUGAAGAUUCGACAAACCCAGAUAGCUUUCAAAAGAGUGCCACAGCUGGCAGCGCCUCGCCCUCGAACCAGCACGCCACCGAACACGGAGCCACCCUCCGUCACUCAGCUGGAGCUGGAGUGGGAUGAUAGUUACGAUGCGUGCCCGGUGCAGACCGCUGAGGCUCCUGCGGAGAGUAAACCUCCGCAGGAGCCUCCUGCUGAGCCCCCAAAGCACAUCCAGGAGAUGAGGAAAACGGCCAUCAUGUUGGUAAAAGGCUCAUAUAUUGAGGAAAGUGAGUUCCAGGACGACGUCAUGGUGUACGAUCUUGUUGCCAAGAAAGACGCCAAAGAUGUCGAACGCGUAAAGCUCAAAUCCAAAAGGUCUGAAUCAGAGGAAAACCAACUAGGCUCAGCAGAAGUUCCCCUAAAAAACGGACUCAGUGUGACACUUCCAACCUCUGUGAUGGCUGAUAAAAACAGCGUGGACUCAAAGGUCAUAGGUCAGACAGAUUGCAAUACCCAACUCCAAAUCACCACAGCUGCAGCGGCGGGUGAUGACUUAUUGGCUCAGUAUGAGGAGCUCAUUCGUGCGUUGGACACUCAAGCAGGUGGAAAACAGGUCAAACCUGAUGGAGAGCUGAAGAAGCCAGUCACACCUGCAGAGGAAGAGGAGGAGGAGAUGGAUUUCACCUCCUUCUCUGCUGAGACACCAGAGCCAGAGAAAAUGCAAUCACCAUUUGGGGUCAAGUUUAGCAGCGGGAGUGCAGGAAGAAGCCAGUCAGUGCCUUUUACUGGUCCAUUUGUCAGUGUGCUGUUGUCUCGUCUGGAGAACAUGCUAUCUAAUUCGCUUCAUGUCAACUUGUUGUUGACGGGCAUCCUGGCCCAGUUGGCGGCCUACCCUCAGCCUCUGCUGCGCUCCUUCCUGAUCAACACCAACUUGGUCUUUCAGCCGACUGUUCGCUCUCUUUACCAGGUACUGGCCACUGUGAAGAACCAGAUAGAAGAGCUGGCUGCCACCAGAAAAGACUUUCCACAGCUGAUCACUGCCGCCCAACACUGGCUGCUGGCCCGGGAGACGUUGUUCACAGCAGCAGACAAAAGCAGCGGCAGAAGCUCAACCCACGGCGAGGCGGUAAGUUUGUUGAAAAACUCACCACCCCCCAAACCCAAAGCCAUCUCUCUGGAUCGGACAGAGGUCUUCGCUACCGUCCUCUUCACGGAGUUCCUCAAAGAACUGGCCGCCAUUGCACAAGAGCACUCCAUCUUAUCAUACAUUCCUAUGGAAGAGUGAUCGAGUCAAGUUUAACUCUCAAAGACUUUAAAAGACUCUCUUUUAAUGAUGGUUUUCUAUUUUUUUGUCCUUUUCAGGCACUACUUGAUGAAGAAACCUGUCAGAUUUAGUGAUUUAUACAACUAUUUUUAAAAAAUCAUAGCGUAUUUAUUUUCCCAAGCAAAGAUAAUCAAUUUCUUGUUGUUUUUUUUUUUAAAUUUCAUCUUUCUCGUUCUGUCAAGUUUUGUUUGGCAGCCUAGAAGGCAGCCCAAACUUUGACCUGCUUGCUGAAACCUGCACCAGCCGCUAAUGCUCGUUAGAGCGAGCUCCAGGUCCACUAACCAAAGACUACAGAGAGAUGAUUUUGACAAAAACAGCAAUCAUCGGCCCUUAUCUGAACUCCAGGGCUCUGCCCUUUUUCUGAAUGUCUUCUACAAACCAGCUUCAGUCACAGAGAUGUUCGCUGCUCAGUGCAGAUCUGUUAAAUACUCAGGUGGCCUUUCAGGAGAGUUGCUAUCUCUUUGCCAUAUGAUUAUACACCAUAUCUCAGCACCACGUGGAGCCUCUGUCGCUUUCAGAGGGCAGGCCUUUGAAUUAGCAGCAUAAAAAUGUAAUUGCAAAAUUAACAGCCGGCCUGCACGGCAGGUAUCAUCACGCAUCCAUGCAACUGUUACGUGACAACAUUUUUCUGUCAACAGGUGGGUCACUUCUGUUUUUAAAGUUCGGUGUUUCCACAUACUCUGUGUGUAUUAGGUGACCAUUUGUUUUGCUGUUUUUCUAUUAAUUCAUGAUGGUACCUCAGGACUCUUUUUUUUCUCAGUGUAUGUUUUGCUCUCUCAGCUCUUAAACAAACUUUCGGUGAAGCAAUUCUCUUACAGUGCACUAGUUUAUCACAUUAACGGGCUCAGCAUGUUCAUCAAAGCAGAACCCCCGAAACCAGAGCUAUAAAACAUGCUAUAUUUAACUUGCCUUUCUUUAGUGAUGCUUUGUGAUGUACAUAUUUAAAGAGAGAUGUUGUAAUGACACAGAACACUAUGCAAGUCAAGGAUAUUUUGGGUAUAGUUAAGUUUUGGAUAUUUUCAGAAUGGGGAGGGGUAUUUAAGCUUUUAUGAGAGUUUCUAUUGCCAUAUUUUUGUUCACGAGGUUUUAGUAGAGGCUAGUCGUUAUGAUUUGUCAUCCUCUGUUUAGAGACUGUGUAGGGUGUUGUUUUAGCUGCGAUAUAUCUGAAAUAUCACCGUUGGGAGAGUUGUUGUUUUGCAUCUUACCGAUGGUUACCAAGGGGCAAACUCUUGUAAAUCGCCAUUAUUUUAGUCCAGACUAUUUCACAUGGUGGUUAAAUUGCAAUAAUACAAGAGAUUUACUUUGUUACAAAGCAUGCCUCUGCUGUCGAAAUGAAUUUACCAGGACAGAAAUGUUUAAUAAUUAGUGCCUAAAUUAUGAUUUUCGGUUCACAUUAUUGCCUGAUUGCAAAUGGAUUUACACACGAGUGAUAAAAAAAGAUAAAAACAUAAUUAGUGAUUUUUUUUAAUGUAUUUUUUUUACAUGAAGCUGUCCAUUGUCACAGUGUUAUGGAAAGGUCAUAGGGACUGAGGACGUGCAACACAUAUUGUUCUGUCCCAUUAUUUCUGGUGCGUUCUGUUUUUAUAUUAACUCCACAGAAAACACUAACACUGCUCUCAAAAUAAUUAUUUGUUUCUCAAGCAAAUUAAUUUAUUCUAGAUGUAAAAAAAAAUCAAUUAUCAUCCAUUCAAAAUGUGUUAAUAUAAUUUGGACAUUUAUAAUUUGUAGCUUACAUUUUUACUAGAUUUUGAAUUUAUAUAGACAAAAAAUGUCAGAAAUGAUGAGAACUUGAUCUAAGGAAAAGUAAAUGUACUUUUAUGAAAACACAGUUUUAGGACAUCUGGUAGUCUUGUAAACAGCACUCAUCAUCUCAUAAGUCCAGAAAAUAAGACUAAGAAUUGUGUUUAAAUCUGGAUUUGAAUCUAUUUUUUGUUCCUAUUUAAAUCCAUUCACUUUCUACUUGAUGCUACAUAGGCAGUAGAUGAUACAGUGGGAUCUUUGUGUACUCAUUUUGACAAAAACUUCUUGGAAAUGUAUAUUUGUUUCAAUCAAAGCCAUUUUUAAGAGUUUGUUGAAUAAGUAUUUCUCUCUGGUAAAAGAAUGUCGCUGAGCACUUUAUCAGCCUUUUCAUACUGCAGUGUCACUCUGUUCUGCUGACACCUCGACCAGCACAGACUCAUUCAGUCUGUAACACACAUGAAACAGUGUAACUAUCACUGUUUCAGCUGCAUUGUGGCAUGAAGACGGGUAUUAUAAGUAAGCUUAUAGUCCGGUUUCUGUCUCAGUGGGUUGUUGUUCCAAAGAUUCAUCUGUUCUGACACCAUUUGGCCUCAAAGUUUUCUGUCCAAGAUGUGAUCAGGUUGCUGAUUGUUGCUGAUGUCUGAGACACAAAGGCAUGCCUCUUUUAAUUAAGUCAACCUCUGGUAAAUAAACCUGGAUGCCUGGAAUGUGUUGACUUUUUCCCCUCCACUCUUCCAAAAUAAGAAAGGUUUUCAAAACAUAACCCAGCUGCUUUACCCAGCAGGUUUCACCUGACACGAUCAAUAUAUUCUUUCCUUUCUGCCAGAGGUGGUUUGUGGCUGUUUGUUUUAUAGACGUUGACGUCAUCAUUUAAUACACAAUUUCGUUCCGGACAGCCUGUCCCCCAGAGAGACUUUGUUUAAAACUGGCUCUUGUUCUUGUAAACAAAAGAGUUUUUUUAAAUGUAUUUUUUAACAAAACAUUAUUUUAAAUUUGAGUAGCUACUUUGUCAGGAGAUAGGGAAAAAAAUGUGCAUCCAUAUAGAGGAGUCAAAAAAAAAAUAUUAAAAAAACAAAGCUCAUAGCCAAAUUCCAAAUUAGAAUUACUACAGCACCUCAUCACCGUGGUAAUCUAAAAGUAUUUAUUUUAGAUUACCAAAUUAUUAUUUUGCUAUUAUUUUGCCAUUGAGUAUAUUUCAUUAACUUGUCCUGUCACUGAUGUACUUGUAGAUGUCAGUGGUUUGAGCCAAGAUAAAGUUGUCUUUUUUUUGCCUGGAAUUUAGUUUUAAAAAAUGAGACUUAUCUUGAAUUACUACAUUAAAGUAAACUGCAGUUAACAAACCAUUAAAGGCAAGAAGCAAACUGA